CAAUACCUUUUAUUAGACCAUCAAGAAAUUGCAAAAAAAUUAUCUUUCUUUGCAAAAUUUCGGGCUCUUGGGACAUGGAAUACAUCUUUAACAUGGGAUCUAUGCUGUAGCCGUGUUGGUCUAAGAAACCGACAAACCAAACUCUUGGGUUAGAGGCAUGACUAACAGCAGCAAAAAAAUAAAAGCCUUUCUUUGUAGACUUUCGGGUCCCCGCGGCGUCCCCCCUUCACAAACACAUGGCCUUUGUAACAGCGGCGAGGCAGGGACCUGAGCCGCCGCCGCCCGGCUCCCGGGAGGGGGGAGCUGGGCAACACACUUCCUCGUCUGACAGCGGGACCGUCCCCGUGUCCCGGCCGGGCUUUUUCCUGACUUUGCAGAGGGAAAAAAAGACCAAAUGGCAAAGCAACCCUCUGAUUUGAAUUCCAAGUGCGGCAGUGAAGACAGACAGUUACAGCGUAGUGAAAGGCCAAGUCAGCCUCAGCCCGUUAGGCCUGGGGCCCCUACCUCUAUACAAACACAGUAUCAAGGUAACCUUUCAGGUGAGGGGGACGGCUCUUCACCCAGCAGCCCUCAGGGACCAUUUGCGCCACCCACUAGCCCCAGUCCGUUUGCAACCAGAUCCCCACUUUUCAUCUUUGUAAGAAGAUCUUCACUGCUGUCUAGAUCCUCCAGCGGGUAUUUCUCUUUCGACACAGACAGGAGUCCUGCGCCUAUGAGUUGCGACAAGUCCACACAGACUCCAAGUCCCCCAUGUCAAGCCUUUAAUCAUUAUUUAAGUGCAAUGGGUCUACAAAGCACUGUCCUUGGAUUUUGGCUUCUAACAAGUACCAUUACAGCUUCCAGGUGGCAGUAUCGAUCAAUACCUGAAGAUAUGCAGCCAGAAAUAUGGAUUGCACAGGAAUUACGGCGGAUUGGAGAUGAGUUUAAUGCUUCCUAUUGCCCAAGACGGGGCUUCUGGGAUAACCAAGGAGUAAAUCAUCAGAUUAUUUUGCGCCUCUUGCAUUAUAUCAUCCGCCUCAUUUGGAGAAGACAGUGAUUGACACUGACUCUGGAUGCUCUGAGAUUUGUUUACUUGUCAGAACCCAGGAGGAGCGCAUGCUAAUAAUGCAUUUGAGAAAUCCUCCUUUUUCUUAAAGAACAUCACAUAUUGGAAGGAGCAGUGGGACUCCAUGCUUGUAAAAACAUGCACAUGGACCUAUAGUUUUGUCUGCUGUCGGACAAAACAGGGAGUUCACUGUGAAGAAGCAGAAAUGAACUGUGGAAAUGGACAUAUUUGAACUUCCUGAAGCAGAAUUUCUCUUGCAAGUGUUGUUUACGCUGGUUUUCCUUGAACUUUUUAUGGACUGAGAUUAAGGAAAAUAUUCAACCAUUAUUGAAUGAUUUUCCUGCUCACUUCUGGAAACUGGUGGGCUGAUCUGCAUCAUGCUGCGGCGGACUUAACUGAGCCAGCUGACUUGCAGAGCUGCCUCAGUUUAUUUUAUAAAAUUGCUGUACAGCUUUCUUGCUCCAGCAAGGAGAGGUCAGACUUAAAAUAGGUUCUCUCUGUUCAUUCGCUGAUCACUUUCAUUCAAAAGAAUGAAGGGAUUUGCAUCGGCUCUCCAUAAUCCUGCAGGUCACUUAACACCUCUUUAAAUUCAACUGCACUUGUGUGGCAUAAACAGCAUGUGCCCUGCUAACUUCAGGCUGCAGUCAAGCACAGCUGGAGCUCUCCUGCCAUGAGCUGUCCACCUCCACCAGCUUAGAAACCAGAAUCUUGAAGUUGAUCUGAAAUUUGAGGCAUAAAUGUAAAAAUGUCAUGGUCCCAAAACACACCAGGUUGCCUUUCUUAAAGUUCUUUAUAUAAAGUGUGUAUGGAUACAUUUAUGUAUUAUAAUAUAUUAAUGUUUGAGAUGUGGAAUGAUUAAAGCAAUAACAUAUUCUGUGUGUGGGCCUAAACAGACCCAAUACACUGCAGUCUUACCCAAAAGUGAAGGGUCCUACUGCAUAAUUUCAGGAAAUAUUUGAAACCUCACUCUAUUUUACAGUUAUUGUUGAUAAAACCCAGUUGAUGGUGUUCGGGUGUCUAAAACAUUUUGGAUUUGUGCUGAAGGCAUGUUUUGAAGAGAGGUGAGGAACAAACAGCUAUAAUGGUUGAAUGCAUGGACUACUGACUUUACUGCUUUGGUGUGAGGACCAAAAGUGGAAUAUCUGCAGUGAUCAUGGUGGUUCAAAGUCCAAAAGGUUAAUAAGUAGAUAUCCAACAGGAACAAAAGUUCUAUCAUUUUGAAAGAUGCUACUGUUCACAGCAGAAUUCCCACAUAAGGUUUUAAAAUGGUACAUACUUGUAAGACCACUCAUAGUAUACAUACACGGUAGAGAAUUGAUUAUAUUCUUCACAAGACACAAGUGUUGAGGAUGAACAUGCAAGAGAAUGAAGUUGACAUAAGAUUCCUGGACCUGGCAUCCCUAUUCACUGGAUAUGGGGAGGUGUUCAGCACAGACAUAAGAUUUAGCAUAUUUUUCCUUUAGUUAGACAUUUUUUGUGUGGAGUGCUCCAUUAGUACGCCCCAAUAGUUUGCAGAAGUUAUUCCGAAAUGAUACAUCUGUGAUGCCAUGAGUGGCAAGAGCUGGCAUUUGUGAUAUAACAGAAUGAUGCAUUUGAUUACAACUUAAGUGAACUAGGAAGUAAAAGGAAGAUUUCAUAAAAAGGAAAAGCUUUAAUUUUGGGGGUGGAGGGGAAGUCAGAGGGAGGCAAGUUAAAACAUGUGCUGAACACCACCCAGAACUUGCUGAGUGGGCAUUGUAGCCACAAAUCUAGACUAAAUUGAAUUUUAUUCUUUUGUUUUGUGGUUCACCUCUUAAUGCAACAGGAAACUGUAUGACAGGUGCUCGAGGGCUAUGUAGUUCCUUUAUACAGAGGGUGUGCAUUUAUGCAUAAAUUUGCCCUAGUCUGUCUUCAGGUUUGUCUGUCAUCUUGGCGACCAGUGCCAAGAGCCUGCAUGAGUGAUUCAUUCGGUUCCUGUUUGCUGCAGUCUACUUCAGAAGGCCACAGAUUUUCUGGUUUCAUCAACACCAUAGAAAGAAUGGGAUAGCUAUUUUUCCAAAAUGUUGCAAUAUAUUUAUCAGGAGAAGCCAUUGUAUGUGUAUAUAUUUUUAAAAAUUGUAAUGAGUUUGUAUAAUAUGUACUCUAUGCACUGGCCGCCAGUGCCUAUCUGUGCUAGGUAAAAGGUUUCUAGUCCAGACAUGGCUCUGCUAGCAGACUCCAGAGUGCAGUGAAUCAAGAGGGUAGAAACACACUUUGGCUUUGUAGGUCAAGGCUGUUAGCUUCAAUUAUCAAAGCAAUGGGUGUAUUUGAUACUUUUUAAGUUUUUGAGGGAAGUGAUCUUUUCAAAUAUCUGGAGUUUCAGAGGCAGAACUCUAGAGGUCCUAAUCGGAGAUUAUCAUCCAUAUUACUGGGUGGGGGAGGAUAUAAAUUCAUUGCUCUUCCAUUUUGAACACUGCUUACACAUUGGGGUCUCAUAGCCAUUAUAAGGAUUAGUAAGAAGUCAGGUUUUCCAAAAACAAGAGAUUGUGGUUAUCUUCUGAACUUCAAACCAUUAGAUAUAAUCAUCUAGUUCCAGCUAUUACUGUCUUGAAACUUCCUUAGUUAAGACCACAUUAUUCACUGGGUUUCCAUGAUGAACUGAAGUAAACAGGCUUGAAACUUUUAUUUACAAUAUGUAUCUUUCUGAACAUACCAAAGAAACUGUUUUCAGUACAUGUGCUUCUAUGGUUGGAACACUUCUGAAGUUCUUUUUUUAAAUAUAGAGUCUUCAGAAACGUCAGCAUAAUUUCUCCCCGUGAUUUUUGCCCUUUCUCCUCUGCCUCCAUCACCCUGAGUCUCACAUGCUCCCCUUCAGUGAGGCUCUGCUGGCCCAGUGCCUGGAGACUUUUGUGUGCUUUCUUGCAUAUUUACCUCUGGCAUGGUAUUGCAACAGGUUUGCCUCUACACUGUGGCUUCAAACUAGCUAGCUUCCUGUAAACCCUACAAAUAAUCUUAAGGGCUGCUUGCAGACAUUAAAAAGAACUCUGC